AUGGGUAGUCAUCCUAGGGUUGUUAGCAUUUUGACAUGGGAUUCCAGAAUUGACCUACAACUCAUGAACAAAGAAGGAAAGACAGCUCUUGACGUUGCUCUGAGUUGUAGGGCCAGGAUGCCCUCAUUUCGUGAGCGAUUGACAUGGAAAGCCUUGAGGCACGCCGGUGCUCGACGAGCUCAAAGAAAACAAGUGCAGACACAGACACCGUACAUGGAAUUUUACAAGGAUAGAGUUAAUACUCUUCUGUUAGUUGCAACGCUUAUUGUCACCGUAACUUUCGCUGCCGGAUUCUCUGUGCCAGGCAAAGAUGAUGACAGCUCGGAGCCAAGCCAUGGAAUAAUGAGAAACGCAGUCUACAACAAGUUCAUGUUUCAUACAUACAUAAUCAGCAACUACAUAGCUUUUUAUAGCUCCUCUACAGCUGCUGUUGCCAUAAUUUGGUCACAAUUGGGUGAUCUUAAUUUGGCAAUUAUUUCCCUUAAAUUCGCGGUAACAUUGUUGGGGUUAGCUCUGACCAUGGUCUCAAUAGCAUUCAUGGUAGGAGUUCAUCUGGUAGUCAGCAAAAACAUAGAGCUUGCCAUUUUUGUCUUAGUCAUGGGCUUGAUUGGCAUCCUUGCUAUAUCAAUGGUAUUUGCUCCACUUUUUUUCCCAAGUUCCUCAUUUCAUCGCAUUACACGCUACAUUUUAUAUUAUCCCUUCCAUUUGUUGGUAAUAGUUACAAGAAGUGAUGUUGAUGACAAUGAUAAAAUCUAA